GGGGUGCGUACUAUCCUGCGCUAUCUCUGCAGCUUUCUUAUGGCACCUGACAGCAUAGAUUUGAUCUAAGGUGAGUGCACCCAAUUAUUCUCUCUUCAGUCUUUACAACCCUGGACAGCAUUGUGUUUUCCCUGGCUGUGCAGCUCCCAAACCACACACAGAGACCAUAAGUUAAUACACUCUCCACAGUACAAUGGUAAAAUGCCAUCAACAGGUCCUUUGAGAGAUUGUUUUUCCGGAGGAUUCUCAGAAGCCAGAGUGCACGGAAACGCCGUUUACCUUCCCGCCUCAGCAGUACCUAUUUAUCUACCUGCACUGGCGUGCUUUCGAACUGCUAGGUUGGCAGGAGCUGGGACAGAGCAACAGGAGCUCACCCCAUCGUGGGGAUUUGAACAGUCGACCUUCCAAUUGGCAAGCCCAAGAGCCUCAGUGGUUUAGAUCACAGCGCCACCCACGUCCCUUUGACUGGACUUAACUGUCCAGGGGUCCUUAACCUUUACCUUUACUUUUCUCUAAAGCGCAAAGUCCCUGCCUUGAGCAUGAUUAAGCAUUUCAUCAGCACAGACAUGAACCGCGGUUAAGUCUGGCCUGGGUUUCCACUUAGAACCCUGCUUUCAAAUCCCAGCUAAGCGGGAAACCCGGUUAGCUUCAAACACCGGCAAUAGCAGUGUCGAUACAAAGCUUAACCAAGUGCAAUGCAGAUAGGAGGGGAGGAGAAAGCAGGUGAUGCCACAGCUGGUUCCUGGGUGUUGAUUGUGCUCAAGCCAUGAGAAGCGUGAUUGUGCCAUGGGAAGAAGAGCCAUGGCUCAGUGGUGGAGCACAUGCGCGACAUGCCAAAGCUCGCAGGUUCAAUUCCCGCCGUCUGCACAUCGGGCUGGGAAUGUCUUCUGUCCAGAAGCCACUGCAGGUCAGUGUAGACAGUAAAGAGCUUGCUGGAACACCGGUCUGACUCCACAUGAGGCAGCUUCCUACAUUCCUAAUAUUUGGAGGGAUUUGUUCCAACAAAGACAGCCUACAGAUCCCACAGAGACUCACAAAUGUGUUUGUGGGCUGGAAAGCCUCUGUCUGAUGCUUUGCAAGGGUGUUGUCAGACAGUGGCUUGCACUUACCCCAUGUAAUUGUCGCCUCUCCUGUUCAUCCUCCCUCUCUUGUUUUUCUACCCUCUUUCGCUCUCAUCAUGGAAAUUUAGAUUGCAAUCCCCUUGGGGCACAGACCUGACUUGUGUUGUUCUGUAAAGUGGCAUCAAGUGGACUGAUGCCAGACAGUAGUAAAAAAAUUAAAUUAAAAUAAAGAGGGGGACAGACAGCUCAAGGGUCAGAUAACGCCAAUGAAAAUAUGGACAUCCUAAGGAAAAGUGGGACAUUCAGGGAUCAAAUUAGAAACUGGGAUGGCUUCUCUAAAUCAGGGACGUCCUUGGAAAAUAGGGACAUUUGGAGGCUCGGUGAGAACCCAGUUACAUUUGGGUCCUCCUGCCCUUUUGAACUGUUUCCUGUCUACACAACUUUUAAGAACUGGCGCCUGAGUUUGCUUGUUUCCACUUCCCUCCCCACACCUUUGUCCUCUUGUGUUUGGCUGAGGUUGUUGUUCAUGUUUGUUACGGUUAGUCUGUCUAGCAAUCUCUUGCUGCAUAUCUACAGGGCCGGCCCACCCAUGAGGCAAGGUGAGGAGUCUGCCUCAGGGGGCAGGAUCCACAGGGGCAGCAGAUCUGGCCUCCAGGGAAUGUGUCACCCACUGUUGCUGCUGGGGUGACAGCAAGGACUGGGGUGCACUCUUUGGAGGCAGCCCUCCCCGGUAUGCUGCCUCCACAGUGGCCUCAUGACAAACAGGAGGCUACUGGUCUCCUCUCCCCUCCUUGUUUCCAAUGUAGAUCUUUAGUUCUCCCUUGUUCCUGCUGUAGAUCUCCACGCAUCCCUUCUUCCCUCCCUGGGGGAUGUCUUGGGCCAGCCCUGUAUAUCUCUGAAAACUAAGAAUAAUUAUAGGAUUACCAUAUUUCAAGAAGUAAAAAUCCGGACACAAAAGUUGUUGAGCUUUCUUUGGGAAAUCAACCUCUAAGCUGUUGAGGUGGUUUUUUUAGUUUUGUUGUGUGUGUUGUGUUGUGUUGUAUUGUGUUGUGUUGUGUUGUGUUUGUUUGCAAAUUCCCCACAAUUGUCAUUCUUGGUUCUGGUGGCAAAAACCAGAACAUUUUGCCAAUUUUUCAAAAUUUCCCCCAGGGUCACUGAUUCCACUGUGUGGAAUUCUAGACAUAUUCUGAAUGUAUGGCUGGAGGUGGCUGGAGCCCUUUGGGACUGGUAGGAUGGAAGGCAAGGAGACCAAUAGUAGAGGGCACCAGAGCCAAUAACAGGCAGAGCUAAUUCAUUCUCGUUUUUUGCCCCUCUUCUCUUUCCUGCUGAAUUCUACAUGGGCAAUGAUGCGUUUUAGGAAAGGGAAGCAGACAAGCUUCCUGGACUGGUUGUAAGGAAGAAGGCAGACAGCUGUGGGCUAGCUAAGGGCAGUUUGAUGGACCAGCUUCCCCUGCUUAAUUGCAUGGUGUUGUACACAACUUGAGUGUUCUACUAGACAAAGCACAGACCUCUGUUUCAAGGUGUCCUCUAUUUGAAGGGCUGUCUGGUCCAAGUCAGCUUUAUAAGGAAGAAACCCCAAGAAAAAAGGCCUCAAACCUCUUUGGGGCCCAGACAGUAGACUUAGCAGGCACACAGGCCACAUUUACACCAUAAAGUACAGUGAUUCCACUUUAAGCAGUCAUGGCUUCUUCCAAUGCAUCAUGGGAGCUGUGGUUUGAUAAAGGUCCUGAGAGAAGUAGCUCUGGGAGGGGAAAAGGGGUCUCCAAACUACUCUCAGCACGCUUAACAAACUACAGCUCCCAGGAUUCUUUGCGGGGGGGAGCCAUGGCUGUUUAAAGUGGUACCAUAGUGCUUAAAAUUACUGGUCUUCAGCUGGUGGUUCAGGACACGCUAAUGGGUCACAGCCUGGUCCAUCAGCAGCACCCUCGUGCAGUUAUAUGGUAAAAGAUUAAGAAAGGGUCCCCAAAUGCAUGGUUGAGCUAAAGGGGCAUCCUGAGUCUGAAAAAGUUGAAGACUGCUGUUUUAAAUAUAUGGCAUAAAUGUGGCCCUCACAGUUUCCUUCCAAUACGGUGAGAGGUAUAGUGGUACCUCUGGUUGCGAACGGGAUCCAUUCCGGAGGCCCGUUCGCAAUGUGAAAAGCCCGCAACCUGAAGCGGCGUAUCUGCGCAGGUGCGUGGCACAAUUUGGCACUACUGUGCAUGCGCGAAGCGGGAUUUAGUGUUACUGCGCAUGCGCAAGUGGCGAAACCCGGAAGUAACCCUUUCCGGUCCUUCCGGGUCGCCGUGGGACACAACCUGAAAAAACGUAACAUGAAGCAAACAUAGCAUGAGGUAUGACUGUAUUGCUGUCUUCAUGGAGUCGCCUGGGAUAGCUCAGUCUGUAGAGCGUGAGACAGUUAAUCUCAGGGUCGUAAGUUCGAGCCCCAUGAUUCCUGCAUUGCAGGGGGUUGUACUAGAUGACCCCCAUCCUCCCAUCAGUACAAUUCUAUGGUCCUGUUUUAAAGUCUAGUAAAAGCAAUUUUGCAUGGGGGUUACGUCAUUGCACACAAUUGCGAAGGGUGCAUAAGCCCGCCCUGCCACCUUUUUCUGCCACUUCCAGGUUCACAGCAAUGUGUGUGUGUACAGCCGUGCGUUAUUUGAAGGCGUGCAAAAUGGGAGUUGCCUGUAAAUAUUUCCAAAAGUGCGUCGAGACAGAUACAAAUUAGCACAUGCAAAUGUUACGCAGAUCUGCAUUAUUAUUAUUAUUAUUAUUAUUAUUAUUAUUAUUUAUUUUAAGAACAUGCAAGUGACCACCCUAGAGCACAGACAUGUCUCGUUUGCCUUUGGCACCAGGUUUCUUACACAUUUUAGUAGCAGGUCGAAAAGGAAAAGGGCGUAUGUCAUCUGUCUCUCUGUGUGUGUGUCUGUGCAUCUGCAUUUCCAAAGAUGGACAGCAGAGGGAGAAUUUUUUUUUCAUGUUAAGGCACCCAAGCAGCCCCUGAGAGUGCCCCCUUCUCAACACACAGACAGAGCCUGCAUACACUGUGCAUGUACAAACAGUUCUGUUUGCUCACGUCCUCAGUCUUGACCCAUGAGCUCUUCCUCCCCUAGCCCGGGGCUCGCUCUCCUUUCAUAACAACUCCACAGAGUUUCAGCCCGCAGCUCACCCUUUGUCACCCAAACAAGGGCUGCGUCCCAUCAGCCUCCCCCAACUUCCACCCCCAAACUGCCCAGUGCCGUUGUUGCUGCUGCUGCACCAUGGAAGCCAGCAAAGGGUUAACAUGUUCCAGACAGAACAUGGGGGUCGGGCUCUUUGAUCUGCUGUGACCCACUGACCUGUGACCUCUGCCUUCAUGGCUGGUCGGUGGCGGAGAACUAGAGAGCAGCUGGAGCGUUCGAUCCUGGAAGGCGGGGAGGGAAGCGUCCUGUCCUGAGAGACACAAACACACAUCUUGCCAGAGUCCUCAGAGAGUAGGCACGGCACGGGGACCAAUCCUCACCGCUGUUUUUGCCGAAGCAAACACGGCGCGCUUUGACUUUUCGCCAACACUUCUGAAACAUCGCAUCGAUCUCCCGAACGACCAGGUGUCAGACUUGCAAAUCCAAAAAACGGAUGCUUGAGAUGUUGUUUUAGUCCAGUUGACCAACUCUUGCCUAUAUCUGGGGCCCAUGUGGAUAAUGUUGUUAUAUAGUUUAGUCACUAGGUGGCGCUGGACUAAAUCCUAGGUAUCUGCAGGGCUGGUUCUUUCCUGCUGCUGUUCUGUCCUUGUUGGAGAUGGGCAGUGAAGGUCUUGCCUCCUGAGUGCCGUGUCUGUUAUUCCUUCCAUUACGGGACAAGCACCUGGGGAAGGAGAGAGACAACACAAGGCAUCUUGGUCCCUGAGGGGAAGAACAAAAUGGCGCCCAUUGAUCCAUGUACAAAAGCCAGCUGGGCUGCCAACUGAAUUUUCUUCCAGUACUGGCCUUGGGAUAAUGCUCUCCACUGCACCUGAUGGCAGCAGGCUAGUUAUGGGGGUGUAGAGCCCGGGGAACAUAACAUUCUGCCUCCCAGCAGAAGUUAAAUGACCAGGGAGAUCAAGUGGAGCAGCCGGAGAUAAUGAUGAUGAUUUCGCCUUCUACCCACGUCCCAAGGCGAUGUACAAACUAUAGUAAAAACUGCCAAAAAAAUAAACCCCCUUCAAAACAGCAUGAAAAGUAACAGGGCAUGGAUUUGAAAACAAUACAAAGUACACAUGGAACAAAAAUAUUCCAGCCAUUAUUUUAAACCCACCUUGGUCAACUUGGUGCCCUCCAGAUGUUUUGGCAGCAGCUCCCAUCAGCCCUAGCCAUCUUCCCAAUAGUCCAAAACAUCUGGUGGGCACCAGGUUGGCAAAAGCUGAUUCGAACGCUCAGCAUUGCAUAGUUGAUGGCAACCAUCGCAUACCCAAACCUCUGCACGGCAGCUGUCCAGCUGAUCUCCAAAAUUCACUAGUGUGGGAGUUCUUUUAUGGCUCUUUACUAAAGAAAUAAAAUUACUGGUACACAUGCUAGCGUGUAUCAGAACCCUUGUUACACAUAGGAACUGAACAACCUGUGGAAGUCCAUCCUUUCGCCUAAGCCGACACCAAGCACUACAGGUUAGCGAAGGCACAAGUGUUUUCUGCAUCCAAUAAGCGCCUCUGGGUUGCGUAUCCGGUGCUCCGGUCUGGCAAGGCCUUCAGCUAUUCCCUGCUGGGCUCAGUCCCGUUUUCUUCCCUUUGGGGGAAGCUGGCGUCAAUUUUGCAGGAGGGCGUCAACCGCAACCACAGACUGCAGCACGACGUGUCCUUGGACGACCUAGUGUGCUGGAGCAAACUCGGCAGCAUUCUGUGUUCCGGGGUGGGAGUGAGGUGAGCGGGGUUAUGGGAGGGAGAGAACUUUCCCCGCCUCUCCUACGUCAGCCGAAGACAUCGCUGGAUGGCAUUGGACUGACUUGAGCAAUGUCCCAGCAGUGGGGAGAGGCAGGAGCUGUACUAGGUAGAGGCAACCGGAGGAGGCCUGGAGUCUUUGAUUUUGCCUGUUGCCUCACCAGGUGAUGCACAAGGAGCUGUGCGAUUUCCAAGAACAGCCUUUGCCAAACUGGUGCCCUUCAGAUGUCCUGGACUAUAACUCCCUUCAGCUGAUUUGGAACCCAAAACAUCGGAGGUUGGUAAAGGCUGUCCCAGAAGACAGAAAACCUCCAUGAUUGAUGAAUAAAUAUGAUCUUGUAUGCAUGAUACUGGAGGUAGCUGUAUGAGGUAGAAUCUGAGUACCCAAGCAAUGGGCACCUCUGCACUGAAGUUUAUUGUGGACUUGGUGCUGCUCAGAUAUGCAGGCUUUGCACAGCGCCUACAUGACUCUUCUCUGUGUGCCAUUCCCCUCUUCCAACCCCCUGGCAGGCCCUUUGACCGCAUGGAAACUUGAGUGAACUCAAGGAAUAAAGGGCAUUCGGAAGGUGCAAGGUGUGAGCGUAGGGCUCUUGCAUUCUUUUCAUCUUCCAGACAUCUGCUGGGGCCUCUUACUCUUUCCACCUCAGCUCGAGACAUCAGCCCAUGUAAGGUGCCUUCAUUGGCAGGGUCCUGUCACUGCCUCAAGACUUUUCACUCAGACCUUUGGGGUGCGGGGAUGGAAUAUCGAGCCAAGUUGUUCGACGAGACCGGCCAAAAGUGGGAACGCUCCACUUACUGCUGAAAUACAUUUGCGGUGAUCGUCGUUUUUAACCGCUUGGCUGAAUGAAUCGGUUUGAUUCAUAGCUCCCAGUUUGUUUUUGUUUGUUUGUUUGCUUUGUUUUGUUUUAACAUGUGAAUAUUGCAAACCGCCUUGUGAUUCUGCCAGAUAAAAGGCAGUCUAGAAGUACAGUGGUACCUCAGGUUACAUACACUUCAGGUUACAGACUCCGUUAACCCAGAAAUAGUGCUUCAGGUAAAGAACUUUGCUUCAGGAUGAGAACAGAAAUCGUGCUCUGGCGGCACGGCAGCAGCAGGAGGCCCCAUUAGCUAAAGUUGUGCUUCAGGUUAAGAACAGUUUCAGGUUAAGAACAGACCUCCAGAACGAAUUAAGUACUUAACCUGAGGUACCACUGUAGAAGGAAUCAUAAAUGCAAGAAAAGAAAGAACACAUUCAUAACUGACAGAUGGGUAUUGACAUAUGACUGUCCCCUGAGAUCCAUCUCUGGGCAGGUGUUACUCCUUUCGCCAUAGCAGUCGCCCAGUUUGGGGUCACUCAAACCCACCUCAAGCAUUAUCUGCCUUCGUUCUGUCAAGUCACUGGGAAGAUGGCUCUUCCACUGAACAAUUCUUAAUUUAUUUUUAUUUUUACAUUCUUAUUCUCACAGAUGCAGCCUGUGUGUGAAGUGUGUGUGAAGCCUUAUUCAAUUCCAGACAGUGCGAGGAGGCAAUCUCCUAAUCUCUCCAUCCAAACCCUCCCCAUGCCUAACACUUCUCUGUCCCUAGGGGAGAUAACAGUAUCUUCAGUGCCUGGAGCAGUCUUUUAACACCAGCCGGUAACAGCUCCAUCACAGACAGGAAUCAGCAGCUUUUCUCAGCAUGGAGAGGCAGCGGUGGCAAAAGCUCCACCUGUUUAUUUCUGUCUGUUUGGGGGGGGGCAGGAAGCCAAGUUCAUAUCUGUGGCAAGCAUGGCCCCUUGACGUCACCUUGAAUUGGCAGAGAGGGUUGUGCCAUUUCAGGGAGCAGUUGGGGCUAGGUACCACUUUUGAACACUGUGUAAAGAAACUCCUUACCAGAAGAAAACUAACAUGUUAGGGAGAGAGGCCUUGCCAUUAUCUUUCGCCUGAACAGGGAAAAGCAGUUGGGAUGGGGGCUAAUUUGGAACAGACCAAUGACAGAUUUAGGGGCAGUGUGGGUGGUUCCCUCACACAGAGCACCAAGCCUAGGGGGCACAAAGUUGAAAACAUCCAUAAAUGAGAAGAUGCAUUUGGAGGCGCCAAAAUUUGGCCUUGCACUGGGCGCCUCAUUACAAAAGAUUACCAAAGUCCUCCCAGAUCAGACAAAGAGAACAGAGAGAUAGGGUGAAGCAGUUAACCCCUUACCCAGCGCAAUUCUUCCACUCCUUAUUGAAGCCUCCACAUCUCCUUUUUAAAAAACGUAGCUCACAACUGCAUAGAAUAAAUAUGUGCAUAGCUCCUUGGCACAAGAGUGGAUUCUGAUUGCCCAGAGAUCCGCUUGUUGCGUAGAGCUGCUCUACACACAAAGGAUCCCUAAACAAGGCUGCCGAACACACACAGUGGUUAGGGAGUGAAACCAGCACUGUGGGAGCUGGGGCAACGUGGUCUGACCCCACAACCACCCAGUUGUCUUUACCCUGCAUGCUGCCAUCUUCUGAUGCUUUCUUGGCGAAACAUAUACCUGAAGGAGCAUCUCCACCCCCAUCGUUCAGCCUGGACACUGAGGUCCAGCUCUGAGAGCCUUCUGGCGGUUCCCUCCCUGCGAGGUUCCAGGGAACCAGGCAGAGGGCCUGCCCUGUGGAACGCCCUCCCAUCAGAUGUCAAGGAAAUAAACAACUAUCUGACUUUUAGAAGACAUCUGAAGGCAGCCCUGUUUAGGGAUGUUUUUAAGGACUGAUGUUUUAUUGUGCUGUUAAUUCUGUUGAGAGCCGCCCAGAGUGGUUGGGGAAACCCAGUCAGAUGGGCGGGGUAUAAAUAUAUUAUUAUUAUUAUUAUUAUUAUUAUUAUUAUUAUUAUUAUUAUUAUUUAUUAAGGAUGCCUCACAAGACGCCUUAUGCCACUUCAGGCCAUUCGUCCCUUCAGCUCAAUACUGUCUACACUGACUGGCAGUAGCUCUCCAGGGUUUGAGGCAGGGUCCCUGGGGCCCUUUUUAACCAAUGCACCAAUCGCAUUGAGUAGCAUGGAGAAGGAAGCCGCCAUUUUAAUUUCCCACAAUGCCCCUGGUGUAGCAGGACUCCAGGGCAUUGCGGGAAAUAAAAAUGGUGGCUUAAUCACGUGCUGUUGCCUACUGCUGCUCCCAGGUAAGCUUGGGGUGACAAAGGCUGGGACUGCGCCUGCUAGACAGGUGCAAUUUUGCCAGAACCAAGAAGCACCUUCCAGAAUCUCUUCUUAGAUGCUGCCUCUGAUCACCCACAGUGGUAAAUUUCCAGACCCUGGGCGGUUAAUUUUUCCUUCUCCGGAAGGCAAAAUAUUGGGUUUUCACCAAACAGGGAAGGUGCAGAGAAAAGCAGGCAAAGGAUGAAUCGCUGGACUGCUUCCUUCCGAAAAUGCUCAAUAGAGAAGUUUAGCAAGGAGGAUGGAGGGGCAGAUGAUGGAUGGAUGGUGUAAUGUUUCUCGUUUAGCUGGUGAGGAUGCCUGCAUUCCAGAGCAGCUCUUUGAAGGCCAAAGCCAGCCAAUUGGAUCGGCGCUUCCCAAGUGUGGGCGGGGAAAGGGGCUGUCUGGCUCUGUGUCCUUGGCUCACCCCUCCCCUGAGCUAAGCAGCGGGAGGGGCUGAGGGCCAGGAGAUUCCUAAGAAGCUUCCAGAUGCAACUAAGCGGAGAUGCAGAUGGGGAGGAGGAGGAGGAGGAGGAGGGAGAGAGGGAGCAGAGAUGCUCUGGAAGGGGAGGCAGUGCAGAGAGCAAGUCUGCAUUCCGCCACCCCAGCCUCUUAGCAGCCUGCAAGGAGACAUCUCUCCCCUGGGUGAAAGCUGAACUCUCCAGAAUGGCAUCAGAGGACACACUUCUGCAAGGCCCUUGCACACCAGGCUAGCUCUGAAUGGUGCCUGUGUGCCAGGAUGAAUUAAUCAACAUGCAGCUUAUGUUGCAAAGCAGAGACCCAUCUGUACUGGGAACUCUGCAGCAGCAGGAGAUGGGUUGGGCUUGCAGUCAGUCACAUGCCUGGUAGGUCGGCUCUUUGCAGGGUCAGUGCUGUUUCGAAGGUUGUCUCCUGAGAGGCGCAUAGCACCAGGGUGCGCCAACAGGGUGCGAUGAGAGUGGCGCCACUGCAAGCUUGAGGCCUUCUGAGAGUCCCAUGGGUAUGAGCUGAAUAGAUGGGGGCCAUCUUGGUGUUUUGUUUUUCUGACAAGGAGCCUGUGACCUGAGCAACAAUGUGACAGGCAGAAAAUCAACAGGUGAAGCCCUUUCCCAUCAUUAUGUACCCUACAUAGGCACCUUGACACCACACAUUUAAAGCAUUAUGAUCUCUCCUUCAACAGCCAUGGCCUCCCCACAAAUAAUUCUGAGAGCUGUAGUUUGUUAAGGUUGUGAGACUUGCUCGGAGACCUUGAUUCCCUUCAGAGAGCCACAAUUCCCAGAGUUCCUUGUGGAGAGGGUUUGAUUGUCAAACUGCUCUUGAAACUGUAGCUCUGUGAGGGGAAUAGGGGUCUCCAAACAAUUCUCAGCACCCUUAACAAAGUACAGUUUCCAAGAUUAUUUGAGGGAAGCCAUGACUGUUUAAUGUGAUAUUAUACUGCUUUAAAUGUAUGGUUUAAAUGUGGCCUUAGAGUAUGUUAUGACUAAGUGGUCUAUAAAUCUUCCUAAAUAACUUUUUAAAAAACAACACCAAAUAUUGACAUUUUCAUACAGGAAAAGGCUUCACCUGGUGCAUUCCCCGCCACCAAGCACCAUUUUAAACAAAGAGUUCCUUGAUAUAGGACAGGGGUGGGUCAGCCGUGGGCCAGUCCACUGUCCCUCAGACCAUGUGGUGGGCCGGACUAUAUUUUUUUUAAAAAUGAACGAAUUCCUAGGCCUCACAAAUAACCCAGAGAUGCAUUUUAAAUAAAAGGACACAUUCUACUCAUGUAAAAACACGCUGAUUCCUGGACUGUCCGCGGGCUGGAUUUAGAAGGCGAUUGGGCUGUAUCCAGCCCCAGGGCCUUAGGUUGCCUACCCCUGAUAUAGGAACAGAGAAAUAAGUUUCAUUUAAAGUUUCAUACAGGGCAUCUAAUGCCUAAGUUUUGAUAUAACAAGUCUGUCCAUCGCCUCUCACAAAAUCCAUCCAGAUUCAGAUUAUUACCCUCCAGUGUCAGGAAGCCAAGUCGACCAGAGCCUACACAGAGUGCCAGGGCAGGGCAGCUCCUGUGGGUGUGAUGGGGUAAGGGACCACACUUCACCAACGGGGAUGGAAGCGGGGGGGCGACCACCCAAAAGAGACGAAAUAAAACUAGAAGAAUGGCAGGUGUAAAGGCCUGGUGACACUUGCAUUUAUUUAAUGAGACUAUAAACUGAGCUCUAGCACAGACUGAUCUUUGACCAGCUGAAAACCAAGUUAUCCAAUCAAGGUGUAAAAUGCCACAGCUUCUCCCUGCCCGCCCCCCGCAAAUUCUACCACAGAUGAAAGGCCAAAUUACACAUAAUGUCAAAUGUGUAUUGUUCUUGUCUUGUAUUUCUAUACUGCCCUUCGUCUGAAGACCACAGGGCAGCUGACAAUAUAAAAACACAAAAAUGCAUAACAUAAUAAAAAGCAAAAACAACACUCCCCUCCCCUCCCCCAUUUUAUGUUUGCAGUGGUUUUACUUUAAUACAACUCUAGAAUCAGCUGAGAGGACUGAUGGUUAUCAUAGCAUAGGCAUCUGCAGAAUUUUUGCAGGGUGGGGCGGGGCAAGUAAAACACUGAAAUGGGGAACAGGUUAGUUUUUCAUACACACAAAUGAGAAAAGUGGGAGGCAGGAGGGCUCUGAGUGUGUCCUGGAGCCCUCAUGCUGCCUUCCCAAUGCCACGUGAGCAGCCCUCCACCUUGCUGGGGUUGGGGAGGGUGUGUCAGCUCUGACGGUUCCUGGCUUUAUGUGUUUUUACCUUUACGCAUGGACCUGGAACUGAACCCUUAAUGUAAGAUGCAAGCUACCUGUAACCCCUAGACACCUUAGCUUCAAUCCUGAUUUAUUAUUAUUAUUAUGCAUUGUAUUAAUAAGAAACAUUUUGAAAGCAAAGCACCAUAAAAUACUGAGCUGGAAACAGUACUGGGCCUCCCUUAAAGGUAAAGGGACCCCUGACCAUUAGGUCCAGUCGUGGCCGACUCUGGGGUUGCGGCACUCAUCUCGCUUUAUUGGCCGAGGGAGCCGGCGUACAGUCAUGUGGCCAGCAUGACUAAGUGGCUUCUGGCCAACCAGAGCAGCGCAUGGAAACGCCGUUUACCUUCCCGCCAGAGUGGUACCUAUUUAUCUACUUGCACUUUGACGUGCUUUCGAACUGUUAGGUUGGCAGGAGCAGGGACCGAGCAAUGGGAGCUCACCCCAUCGCGGGAAUUCAAAUCGCCGACCUUCUGAUCGGCUCUGUGGUUUAACCCACAGUGCCACCCACGUCCCGGGCUUCUCUUACAGUGGUUUAAAAGAUGGCCAAGGCAAUGAAUUGUGUACAUCGAGUUGUAUCCAGCUCAGUUCUAGUUAGAGUUAGCCCACCGAAACUGAUAGACCUAAAGUAGCUGUGUCCAUUCAUUUCAAUGUCUCUAGCACUGGAUGCAACCCUUCAAUAUGUAUUAUUGAUGAUGACGGUGGUGGUGAUCCCUAACAAAUAUAUAGUCAUAGCCAGGUAUUAAGAGACCCAUAGGGAGCGGGUGGCGCUGUGGUCUAAACCACCAAGCCUCUUGGGCUUGCCAAUCGAUCGGAAGGUCAGUGGUUCGAAUCCGCGUGACGGGGUGAGUUGCCAUUGUUCUGUCCCAGCUCCUGCCAACCUAGCAGUUCAAAAGCACACCAGUGUGAAUAGAUAAAUAGGUACCACUGCAGCAGGAAGGUAAACUGUGUUUCCGUGCACUCUGGUUUCCAUCAUGGUGUUUCGUUGCACUAGAAGCGGUUUAGUCAUGCUGGCCACAUGACCUGGAAAGCUGUCUGUGGACAAAUGCCAGCUCCCUUGGCCUGAAAGCGAGAUGAGCGCCGCAAACGCCAUAGUCACCUUUGACUGGACUUAACUGACAAGGGGUCAUUUACCUUUACCAAUUUACCGAAAGGAUCCUUGCUCUCUCCACAGCUGCUGGCCGAACUAUCUUGUUUUUUAAUAUAUUUGUCAUCUUUUCUUGACACUCCAGAGUCUGACACUUGAGGCAACUACCUCAGACUUCCUCAGGGUUGCCCAGGCCCUCGAUGGUCACACCACAAAUUUUCGCCAGGCCUCCCCCUAUGUGCCAGAGAAACAGAUGAAAGUUUCAGCUUUCUUUUCCUUCCCUCUUCCUUCUUUUUAAAGUUAUUUAUAUUCCACUCCUUUAGAAGAAGAAGAAGCUUCAGGCAACUAACAAUAAUUAAAACAUUAAAUCACACUGUUGGUGAUAUUCACGGUUAUUUCCGGCUUUGAGGCAAGUGGAACAGAAAGGUGGCGAGGGAGGGUCGGGGAGGCCACUUGUAAGAUUGUUUGGCAGUGCAAUCCUUUACUUGUCUACUCAGAGGUAAGCCCCACUGGCCUCAAUGAGACUUAGCCCAGCCUCAGAAAACACAAUAGGGUAUCUUGAUCUCCAGCACCAGCCAUUAACUCCAGGACUGGCAAUUCUGGGGGUAAUUUACUGUGGAGUCGGUGCUGCUCAUGUGAGAUCUGUUGCAAUUUCUUCCACACACAACGUAAUUGCUGUAAAACCUGGUAUGUUACGGCAAGUGGGGCACUGCCCGGCCAAGCUCAGUCUGCCCUCUUGCUUACAUCCAGCCCAGUGGGUGGCACCCCCUGCCAUCUUCCACUUCUUUAGUUUCAACGUUGGCCUCCUAGAACUCAGCAGGAAUAAGGAUGGAGGGCAACAUCAUAAACAGUUGGCUCUGCCAGACAUUUGCUCUGGCUCUCCACUUACUUUUGGCCUUCCUACUUUCCUGCUUUCCCAGUCCCAACGGGCACCAGAUGCCACUGCAUAAUUGGCAUCAAAAUGGCAGCCUGAUUCUCUCUCUCUCCCCCCAUUUAAUAUAGAUUUGCUCAUUCUGGGAAGAAGUUGGUUUCUUUAAAACAAACAAAAACCUGACCCAGUUGCAAUGUCUGAAUCAGCCCCUUUUCAAUAUUAAGUCCCUGUUUGGAAGUGUCCACAAUUUCUGGUACAGUUGAGGGAGACCCGUACAGAAACAGGGCCUAGGGUCCCAAGGAGCUGACUUUUUUUUUUAAUUGAUACUUUAUUGAAAAAAAUUCAAAUAUAAAAGAAUAAAGUGAUACAAAAAGAAAAAGAAACGAAACACACAACUGUGUAAAGUGGGGGACGACAAACAUUAUAUGAAUAUAUACAAAAAUACCCUAACCCAUACAUUCUUUCAUAAAUUUUAUAUUAUUAUCCUAAGACUAAUGUAAAUAUUAAUAGCCUGCUACAUUUUGUAUAAAUUCGUUCUAAAUAUUGUCGUAUUUAUCCAAGCAGAGUCUACUACUGUAAGCAAGUCUGUUCGUAGGUUGCAAGUGUUAUCAAUCCACUGAUUAAAGGAGAUAAUGUCUUUAUUCUUCCAGUUCGUCAAUAUAAGCCUCUUGGCUACCAUUAGAGCGCGUAAAAUCCAUUUUUGUUGUCCAGUUGUUAACUUUCAUAUAGCCAGUAUACAGUACCAUACCGAUUUAAACAGCCAUGGCUUCCCCCCACCAAGAAUCCUGGGAACUGUGGUUUGUUAAGCGUGCUGAGACUCGUCAUGAGAACCAUGUCCCAUGCACAGAGCUACAAUUCCCAGGAGGUUUAACAAUCAAUCUCUCUGGACAAAGAAUUGUAAUACUGCAAGGGAAACAGGACUCAACUCUCAGCCCCUGUAACAAACUACAGCCCCCAAGAUUCUUUGGGGGGGAAGCGAGCACGGUUUAAAAGCAGUGUGCCAUUGCUACAAAAGCAGAGUGCAGGCAGAGGCCCAGGCUGUACACCCCAGACAUUUAAAGCAUCCCAUCUUAAUUAAUAAUAAUAAUAAUAUUUCAAAAUAUAAUAAUAAUAGGAGCUGUAGUUUACCAAUCACAGCACCCUUCACAAAUUUCAAUUCCCACGAUUCUUGCUUGGAGGGAUUUUCCUCGACGCCGUCUGUUUCUGCAGCCAUAGGAGCCAAUUCCUAGGGGCCAAGGGGUCUACGCCCCCGCUAAAAUAUUUAAGCCCCUCAAAAGUUGAUCAGCAUUGCCAUUCAAAUAGUGUGCGUGCAUCGCAUCCUGUGAUCGAUUAUACGAGGCAGGGCUUACCUUCCCUCCCCCCACCCCAAUAUUUGAUUCAAGUUGGCACCCCCUCAUUAGCCCAGGUCGCUGAGCCAAUGGUGCAAAAAAAAUAAAUGCCAACUAGAAACCUCUAAGCGGCAUGUGCAAUAAGGGGGACGAGACCCUAAGUCCUUCGCCAUUCUCCUGGCGCCCAGCACCCUGCCGGUGCCGGAUGAGACCCAUACCUCUCCCGCGCGGAGCCCUCCAAGCUCCUCCCCGCCUCGCCUGUCGCUCCCAGCUGCAGCGGCGGCGGCCGUGCGAAGGAGGAGCGGGGAGAUGGAAUUUUUUUCCCUGGCUGCCGGCCAAGGGCUCAGCCUGACUGCCCGGCCACAGUGCGCGGCUGGGGGAGGGCAAGGAGGGAGGGAGGCCGCCAAGGCAGCCAGCGACGGAGGCGCUGCUCUCUGCAGCCAGCCAGCCGAGCCCGGCGCAAGGGAGGCGCAGCAGAGCGCGCAAUCGGGAUCCCAGAAGGUUAUGGAUUCGCCGGGUCCUGCGCCUCAUAUGCAUGGCCAGAGUAACGCGGCCAGGAGAGGAACUGCUCCAGAAGUAUACCUCCCCCCCCCAAAAAAAAACCCACCCCUGCUCGCCAUUUGGACAUGCACGUUGCGCGCUAUGCAGCCCCGUGGGUGCAAAACCAGUAGGAAGAUCACGCAGUGGGAUCCAAGCUGCUUUACACCGGAUCGCCUACGCCUUGCCAGCAGCCACUUCCUCCAGCCUUCAGAUCUCCGACAGGGCCAGACCAAGCCGCCAGCCUCUUGGACGGUAUCCACUGCUGCAUAUAUGUAGAGCACAUUCACACACAGGUGGAAUGAGAAUCAUGGGAACUGUAGUUUGAUCUGGAUGCUGGAGGGUGGUAGCUCUGUGCGGGGUAAACUACAGUUCCCAGGACAUUGGUGGCAGCGGUAGAGACGUGCAUGGUGCUUGGGAAGGGGCUUCGACCCCAAAUGUGCCUCUUCUAAUGUUAUGCUAUACUGCGUUUGCUGGCCAUUCUGCAUUUCUUUCUCCUGUUGCUUUUCUAUUUCCUCCUCCUGAAACUUUUUGCUUUUUCUGUCUUUAAAAUAAACGCCCCCCAAAAAGAAAAAAAAAACACUGGGUCCUUGGAUAUCACUGCUGCAUCUGCCACCCCAUCUUGCAAAUGCACUCAAGCUGUGUGAGAGAGAGGUGUGGAACUCGUUAUUCAAAUAGGACUCUCUUGCUCCCCUUCCCAGAGUACCGUUUUUUAUACAAAGAGCUAAAUCCGAAAGAAAACACUGCUUUUGCAAUCCAAGUACAAUUGGCGACGUUGGGCCACUCACUGUCUGUUAAGCCUAACCUACCUCACAGGGUUGUUGUGAGGAUAAAUGGGGAAGGGGGAAACUAUGCAUGCCACCUUCAGCUCCUAGAGCAAAGGUAAAUUUAAUAACAGAGAGAGAGGCAGAGAGAGGAAGGAAGGAAGAGCAAAAGAUUACAGGUCUUGAAGUUACCUAUCAGCAGUUAACACCUGGACAGCAGGCUAAGCAGUCAGGCAGGUCACCUGGUCCCAGUCUUCCCCACCAUGUUAAGAUAUAUUUAUUUUUAAAUUGUAGUAAUUAUUUCUAACUUUGCAUCUCUUGGGGCACAUGCAAAUGUUAUGCAGAUUUGUGUUUUAAUCCUUUUUUUUUUUGCAUGCAUGCAUUUCUUCGCUUUAGGGUUUGUUUGUUUUUGGCAAUGUGUUUAUUGGCUACUUUAGUUUUUAGUCUGGACAUGCACAAGCAAAAAAACAAAACAAACAGCAUACUUCUAUGUCCAACCAUGGAAGAGAGAUGUGGCUCUUUAAUUUUAUUCUUUUUCCAAAUAAUGAGAUUGCCUUCGAAUCGCAAAGCAUUAGCAUUUCUGGCUCUGCUGCUUCCGGGUUUCAUUGGGAACUAAUAGAACACACAAUUCAGUCAGUCGUAAAGGGUAUUGUGACACUUUCCCCUGGGAUCAGAAACAGCUUUCCAGCUUGGCACCAGGCAGAUGGCCUAAGGCAGCUUUGCAGGUAGCCAUGCAUGGGACUCAGGCCAGAGCUAGCUAGGCAGACAAGCGGAGAAGGCUGCCUGUGGAUUAUACCCUUUUAAAAUCAGGGGCACUGAGGGCUGCUAAAGCUGCUGCUGGGGUACCAGCAAGAAAUUCAGGAAGUGUUCCUGGAAAAGAGAGGUAGUUCUGCCCAGCCGUAAGAUGCUGCUAGAAUAUGGACAGCUUGAGGCCUGAUGUGCAAGACUUCUUUGGUCCCUUAGUUGCCUUGAUCGGCCUAAAACAUGGAUUUGGGGUGGAGAGAGAAUGCUGGUUAAAGACCCUGGUAACAUCUGAGUUGUGGGCAUUGGAUGUGCCCCAAGAGCACGAAAAAGAAUCAGUACAUAUGUCAGAAGACCACGAACCUUAAGCACACCAGAAACCAUCUUGGGUGCGGUAACAGCAGUCAGGCUGGUGGGUAUGCAGGGCAGGGCCUUCUUGAUGGUGGCACCAUUCAUUUUUUCUUCCAAGUGAGAUCAGGCAAGCCCCAUCCCUGCAAAUUUUGAAGGCGUCUCUGACAAAACAUUUGUGUUCUUCUGCUCUUAGGAGGAUGUUCAACUGAAUGAAAUCCAUUUAGCAGGAAGGCUGUUGUCUCUGUGUGCUGGUUAAUUUUAAGGUUUGAGGGUGUUUUAAAGUUGUAUUUUGUAUGAUUGCUACAUGGCAUGUUUGCCGCCUUGAGAGGAGAUUCUUCUUUAAAGUGCGAUAAAAAUCUACUAAAAUAAGUAAGCAAACAGCACCGUACUUUCCUGAGUCCUUUUGGAUGCAAUGUUAACCUUGCUGAUUCGUCUUACGUUUAUUUUGAGAUCUUGCUACCAUUUGCCCAUCUGUAAUGCUGUUUAUAUUUAUAUUUAAAAUGUUUUAUUGCAGCUUUUAUGUAAACCACUCAGGGAAUAUGAUCAAAGAGGACCAUUAAAAAGAAGACCUGUGAACAAAUUAAAUGUCUUCUGGAUUCUGCUUCCAGGUUAUUUCACAAGUGGAACCCAAAUAUGCUAUCUCCCUACCCAAUCUCCACCCUGUGGCACUAUCAGAGGCUUCUAACAAAAGCCCAUUUCAUUCAAGUCAGAGUUGGCCCCGAUAUGGGGAGGAGUCGGACUGCAGUCAGUAAGUCACACAGUUCAAGCUGGAGUUCACUCUUUAUUAGAAAAAAAACAACCUUCACAGACUUGGGUUUCAGGCCUGAUGAGCACAGCAACACUUGCCCUGUAGGUGAUACGCAAUGAAAUCAGUUGCCGAGACGAAAAGCUCCCAUCUCCCUACAGCUGCCUAAGUCCCCUCCUCUCCAUGAUUUUCCCCAAGCAAUCAGAGACUACCUGCAUGCAGCCUGUCACUGCUCCACCCAUUUCAGCCCUCUCCUGGUUCUGGGAGUCAAGGGAGGAGGAAGACACCCAUGACUUCACCAGCCUGACUCAUCUCUGCUUCUGGACCUCCCUCCUCCCACUUGCCUGCUUCAGCUUCUGUCUCUGAUUCUGGUUUGCCGCAGACUCUCCAAACCACUGAGCCCUGUUACCCCUUCGAUUUCCAACACUUUCUCUUCCCAGUCUUCUCCCUCUUCUCCCUGUAACCACUCUUUACUGUCCCACCACCGCUCCCUGGGCUCUGAGCCACCUUCUUCCCUUGGUGGUUCUCCAGCUGGUUCCUCCCAACACUCUUCUGUGUUCAACCAGUCCAUGACAUUGCCUUAACUUUGCACCCCAAGUGUUUUUGCCUGGCUGGAAUGUGUCCUUAAACUCUGAUAAUGCUUUUUGCUUGUCUGGAUGGAGAAUAGAGAGGGGUGUGUGUCUGUGUAGAAACUACCCUGCUGUGUACAGAGCUAAAACUUAACAUUCAUUACUCCACCUACCCCCAGUAUGUGGCCCUCAUAAGGGAAUGUGGCUUUCAGGCUAUAAAAGGUUCCCCAUCCCUGGGUUAGGUAGUGGCAAAAGCUUCACCAAAUAAAUUUCCUGGGUGUUGUUAUUGGCACAAGAAGCACCUUUAAAACAAAAAAGUGGCAAUCUUAUUGGGAAGAAGAUGUUUUCCCUUCACAGAUACAGCUUAUCCAUUAUCUGAAGAACAUUUUUAUAUGCUGUACAGUUAAUUUGUUUUCCUAAUUUGUACUUUGUGUGCAGAAUUUGACCUUCCAUCAUGCAGAAUAGGUUUCCAUGUCGUCCCCUUCUUGCUACCAGACUCUUCUUUCUUCCUCGGCAUCAAAGACUUUAGAAGCUGCCAUAAACCCCAUUAAACCUUGCCAGGGAAGCCAAUUACCACCUGUAAACGCAUUAUACUUGAUCAGCGAGGGACUAAUCUGCCCGAAGUGGAGCUCAAAUUGGGGGCUGAGAGACAGCAGCAGAACUCGGGCUAGUUUAGAAAGAAAUGGAUGAGCAAAAAAAACGGAUCGCGAGAAAACUUAAAAGUGACCCCUGUGUGUUGCAGGAUUGAGAACAGAGCCAGGUUCAUAGCAAAAGGGCAGCCCUGAAGUGGAUUGUUCCUUCCAGUUCUAUCUCCUGUUAAUUAUGCCUGCCCCAGUUUGAGCCGAUGAUAAUCCCUUUUAUUCUGCAUUAUUUUCCAUUUGUCCUUCCAGUGGGAUGGCUAUAAAUAAACCACAGCAAACAACAACAGCAUGUUAGAGAGCGAGAACUCGACAAGACAAGCAAAAGCCAAGGAGAGUCAGUACUGUAGUUAGAACUUGGAGCUGGGACCAGAGAAAUGGGGGCUCAGGCCCCAGAUCAGUGGAACAUUUGAAUCUGCCUUGUACUGAGUCAUACCACUGGCCCAUCCAGUAUUGUCUACACACCAACUAGCUGCUGAUCUCUAGGGUUUCAGAAGGGAGUUCCUCCCAGCCUUAUCUGCUAUCCACUGAGCCACAGUCCUUCCUCAUAAAGGAUAUGAGGGCUUAGUGAGGCUGCCCCACUCCCAAGUUUUCUCCAUACAGUUGUACCUCGGGUUAAGUACUUAAUUCGUUCCGGAGGGCCGUACUUAACCUGAAAAUGUUCUUAACCUGAAGCACCACUUUAGCUAAUGGGGCCUCCUGAUGCUGCCGCGCUGCCGGAGCACGAUUUCUGUUCUCAUCCUGAAGCAAAGUUCUUAACCUGAAGCACUAUUUCUGGGUUAGCGGAGUCUGUAACCUGAAGCGUAUGUAACCCGAGGUACAAGUGCACAUGCAAGCACCCUCACGGGCCAUAGGGCUGCACUGAGGACAGUUAUCAGGGAUUUCAGUUGCGCUAUCAUCCAGCAGGGCUUCAUUUAGCAUUUUGAAACGAGCCUCAGUUUCCCAGUGGUAACUCAAACUCAGGUCAUGGAUGCCUCAGCGCAGUCAAUCUGCAAAUUUAGUUUCUGGAAAAAAUGGAAGGAAAUCAAUCUCAAUCAGAGCAAUCUUCUUCUGGGUGUGGCUUACACAUGAAAGCGUUUUUAGGUAUUGUACUGUGAAAAGUUGCGUGCAACUUUUCUGAAGAUGGUUAGUUUGCAGGAUGGGCAUGGCCUGCCCCUCAGAUACCAGCUUUCCAAAAGACAAUGUACAACUAUAAUUCAGUGAUUUAACUGAGAGAUCUGCUUCUUCUUUCCUUGCUAUUUGAUGCUACUGCCUCAGAGGCCAUAUUACAGUUGACAACUGUCCAAAAUAACAUGCCAGGUAAGAAGUGGCAUGUUGUUGAGGAAGCAAUUCUCCCUUGAAUACCCAAUGCCCAGGAUUUUGACGGUUUUUCAGAUGGGGUAGGCACAUAUUUUCUCCUUUACGACACAAGCUCAUCAUGGCAGGAUGGCUUUCUGCCUGCCACAUUCUUUAAGGCUGACAUCUGUCUGGCUUUUCUUGCCCAUAUCUUCUGGGGCUGGGGCUGGUGAUCUACGGCCAGCGUCAGACCAACCCUUGACCCAGAUUAUCCAAAUCCAGAAAUAGUUUGAGAAGAGCACCUUCUCUACUGUGCCCCUUCUUUCACUUUUUUUUUUUUUAAGGGUGGAGAGAGCAGGUGGCUUUUAAUAUUCCGUGGUUAAGAACAUUAGGAAAAUCUAGUCCAAUAUUUUGUGUCAGCAAUAGCCAAUCAGAUGCUUCUGAGAAGGAUCUCCCUUGCUGCUAGUUUUUAGCAGCUCAUCUACAGAGGUAUUCCACCUUUGAAUUUGGAGAUUCCAUUUAGAAGAUAGGAUGCUGCCUUGUCACAAGACUAUUUACCUUUCAGUAUUGUCUACUCUGGCCAGCAGCCUCAGCCAGAGGUCUUGCCCAUUACUUGCAACCUAAUCCUUUUGACUGUUGAUGCUAGAAAUUGAACCUAGUAGGACUAGUAGCAAGGAAAAAUGGGGUGGGCCUUGGCAAGGGCCCACCAAAAUCAACAGGUGCAUUCGGGUGGCACCACAAAAGGCCUUCCAGUGAGUGGUCUUCUCUUGAUUUCCACCAUGCAAAAUAUACUUCAGGGAUUCGUUUUCUGAACAGGGCACAACCCAAUCCUUGUUCUAGGCAUGUCAUACUUGCACAGAAGGCAAACAGCCCCUCAACCAUACCCUCCAACAUUUCUCCAAUGAAAACAGGGACGUCUCAUUCCAUAAUGACAUCUGAAGGCAGCCCUGGGAAGCUUUUAAUGUUUAAUAGACUUUUGUAUUUUAAUAUUUUGUUGGAAGCCGCCCAGAGUGGCUGGGGACACCCAGCCAGAUGGGUGGGGUAUAAAUAAUAAAUUAUUAUUAUUAUUAUUAUUAUUAUUAUUAUUAUUAUUAUACUAUUUAUACCCCACACAUCUUACUGGGUUGCCCCCUGGGCGACUUCCAACGUAUAUAAAAACAUAACAAACAUUAUGUUUUUUCUAAAAACCUUCCCUAUACAGGAUUGCUCCAUACCCUCCCACAUUUUUCCAAUGAAAAUAGGGACAUCCUAAGGAAAAGCGGGACAUUCCAGGAUCGAAUCAGAAACUAGGAUGGCUUCUCUAAAUCAGGGACAUCCUUGGAAAAUUGAGACACUUGGAGGAUCUGCCUCAACAUGUGAACAGAGAUGCCUUAAGUACAGGCCUUGCCCCGCUCUAACAAAGUUGCUGUUGUUUUGUUUGUUUCUGCCUGGCAUUUCUUAGCUCGCCAAACUGGCAACUCUUCCUCCUGUUGCACACCAGCGAGCAAGUGUAAGUGGAUAAUGACCGCCUCGCUUCGCCGCAGAACGGACUGCCCAGCCACUUCCAGGUCAACCCUAAAAUGUCAAGAAAAGGAGUGGGGCCUGCAGCUGCUAGGCAAACCGUGAGGCGCUCCUUGGGCCUAGCUAGGCAGCAUAACCAGGUAGCUGGGACCCUGGGAGUAAAGGUGUCUGUAGACGCACAAGCUGAAGGGUGUGUGUGUGUGUGUGUGUGUGUGUGUGUGUGUGUCACACACAAUGGAUGUGCACACCUCCGGUGCUUUAUCCAAGAAAUCAAGAAACUAGGGCAUGCGGUGCCAGUUCGGGCUAAAAAAAUUCCACACAUCAGGGCUGCCGCAGGCUGUGAAUUCUUGUGGCCUAUUUUAAGCUUUAAAAUACCCAGGCAUUUUAGAGGGCAAAACCAGGCCAUAAGAUAUUGCACUUCCCAUGUCAAAGACAGUUGAAUUCUCAGACGUUUCAAGCACUGCACUCUCGUUGCCUAGGCUUAAUCCAAUCAUGGAAGUCACCUUCGUGUCAAAGCAGUUGUUUCCCCCCUUUCUUUUCCCUUUCCCCUUUUUUUGCAAGCCGGCUGGAUUCAACUUAUCGCCGUGCAACAGCAACGCAGAGUUUCUUGAUGGUGUUCUUCUGCAAAGACUUUGCUGCUACAAUUCAUGACCUAGGCUUUGAGGCCUGGCCAAAAGUUUCUGUGCAAUAAUUGUGUUUCCAGAGUGGAGGGGGUCGGCGGCCUCUGAGACUGGCUGCAGGAAUGAAAAUCCAUGCAGGAUAUCUCACCACACCCUCUGACUUGUGUGUACAACUCUUUUCUCUCUCCCAAUUGUGAUGUCCCAAUGACAGUGCAGUAAAAGAGGUAAGCAAUACUGAGAAGGAGGCUUGGAGGCACCUUGGCAACAAAAGCACACACUCCAAAAUUUAUCCAAUGAAAUUAGGAACGUCCUAUUCAAUAAUAAUAAUAAUGUUGUUGUUGUUGUUUAGUCAUUUAGUCGUGUCCGACUCUUUGUGACCCCAUGGACCAGAGCACACCAGGCACUCCUGUCUUCCACUGCCUCCCGCAGCUUGGUCAAACUCAUGUUGGUAGCUUCAAGAACACUGUCCAACCAUCUCGUCCUCUGUCGUCCCCUUCUCCUAGUGCCCUCAAUCUUUCCCAGCAUCUCUUCUCAUGAGGUGGCCAAAGUAUUGGAGCCUCAGCUUCAGGAUCUGUCCUUCCAGUGAGCGCUCAGGGCUGAUUUCCUUAAGAAUGGAUGCGUUUGAUCUCCUUGCAGUCCAUGGGACUCUCAAGAGUCUCCUCCAGCACCAUAAUUCAAAAGCAUCAAUUCUUCGGCAAUCAGCCUUCUUUAUGGUCCAGCUCUCACUUCCAUACAUCACUACUGGGGAAACCAUAGCUUUAACUAUACGGACCUUUGUCGGCAAGGUGAUGUCGCUGCUUUUUAAGAUGCUGUCUAGGUUUGUCAUUGCUUUUUCCCCAAGAAGCAGGCGUCUUUUAAUUUUGUGACUGCUGUCACCAUCUGCAGUGAUCAUGGAACCCAAGACAGUAAAAUCUCUCACUGCUCUCCUGUUUCACCUUCAUUAAAAGGUUAUUUAAUUCCUCCUCACUUUCUGCCAUCAAGGUUGUGUCAUCUGCAUAUCUGAAGUUGUUGAUAUUUCUUCCGGCAAUCUUAAUUCCGGUUUGGGAUUCAUCCAGUCCAGCCUUUCGCAUGAUGAAUUCUGCAUAUAAGUUAAAUAAGCAGGGAGACAAUAUACAGCCUUGUCGUACUCCUUUCCCAAUUUUGAACCAAUCAGUUGUUCCAUAUCCAGUUCUAACUGUAGCUUCUUGUCCCACAUAGAGAUUUCUCAGGAGACAGAUGAAGUGAUCAGGCACUCCCAUUUCUUUAAGAACUUGCCAUAGUUUGCUGUGGUCAACACAGUCAACUGCUUUUUCAUAGUCAAUGAAACAGAAGUAGAUGUUUUUUCUGGAACUCUCUAGCUUUCUCCAUAAUCCAGCGCAAGUUUGCAAUGUGGUCUCUGGUUCCUCCGCCCCUUCAAAAUCCAGCUUGCACUUCUGGAAGUUUUCGGUCCACAUACUGCUUUAGCCUGCCUUGUAGAAUUUUAAGCAUAACCUUGCUAGCAUGUGAAAUGAGCGCAAUUGUGCAGUAGUUGGAGCAUUCUUUGGCACUACCCUUCUUUGGGAUUGGGAUGUAGACUGAUCUUCUCCAAUCCUCUGGCCACUGCUGAGUUUUCCAAACUUGCUGGCAUAUUGAGUGUAGCACCUUAACAGCAUCAUCUUUUAAAAUUUUAAAUAGUUCAGCUGCAAUAUCAUCACUUCCACUGGCUUUGUUAUUAGCAGUGCUUUCUAAGCCCCAUUUGACUUCACUCUCCAGGAUGUCUGGCUCAAGGUCAGCAACCACACUACCUGAGGUGUACGCAGUGGCGUAGCGUGGGGGGUGCAGGGGGGCCGGCCGCACCGGCCGCAACAUCUGGGGGUUAGGGUUAGGGUGCGCAAAUCCACGGGUUAGGGGGCGCAAAUCCACGGGUUAGGGGGCGCAAAUUACGCCACUGGGUGUACGAGACAUCCAUAUCUUUCUGGUAUAAUUCUUUUGUGUAUUCUUGCCACCUCUUCUUGAUGUCUUCUGCUUCUGUUAAGUCCUUACCACUUUUGUCCAAAGCUGUACGCCGGCUCCCUCAGCCAGUAAAGCGAGAUGAGCGCUGCAACCCCAGAGUCGGCCACGACUGGACCUAAUGGUCAGGGGUCCCUUUACCUUUUACUUUGUAUGAAAAGUUCCUUUAAUAAUAAUACCCCUUCCAUCUGACUACCACUCUGGGUAGCUUCCAACAUAUACAUAAACAAUAAACAUUUAAAAACUUCCCUAUAAAAGGCUGCUUUCAGGUGUCUUCUAAAGGUUGUAUAUUUACAUAUUUCCUUGGCUUGGGGGGGGGUCACAUAACUCCACACCCACCAACAUUGAUCCAAUGUAAAUAAGGAUGUCCUACCAUACCCUCCCAAAAUUUUCCGAUGAAAAUAGGGAUGUCCUAAGGAAAAGCGGGACAUUCCAGGAUCAAAUAAUCAGAAACCAGGACGGCUUCUGUAAGUCUAGGACUGUCCAUGGAAAACAGAGUCACUUGGAGGGUCUGCAAAGGCAUUCAGACCCAGUUAUAGUACAGACAGUAAUCUAUCUGUUGACAAUAGGAGUCACAAGCCUUUUUUUGCCUCUGCAUGUGGGGGAAGAUCCAGAGCUUAUGCCCUCAAUAAAAGCCCUUCUGCUGGAUCACACCUACCUAAUCCAGCCAGAUGCGCAAGUAGGACAUGAGCACAAAGGCACUCUUCCUCGCUCAGGUUUCCCUCUGGCUCAUAGGCAUCAUGGCAAGUUGCAAAAUGCACUUAUGUAAGAACGCUGCUGAAUCAGGCCAAAAGCCCAUCUAGUCUAGCAUCCUGCCAUCACAGUGGCAUACCCUCCAACAUUUAUCUGAUGAAAAGAAGGAUGUCAUCAUCAUCAUCAUCAUCAUCAUCAUCUUUAUUCCCCAUCCAUCUUACUGGGUUGAUCCAGGCACUCUGGGCGGCUUCCCACAUAUAUAAAACAUUAAACAUUUUUUAAAACUUCCCGAUACAGGGCUCAUAGCUGUCAACCGUCCCUUAUUUGGCGGGAAAGUCCCUUAUCCCAGCGCUGUGUCCUGCUGCUGUCCCUUAUUGAUGAUGUCCCUUAAAUUUCCCGGGUUUCAAAAGGAAGCAGCUCCUCUCCCUCCCUGCCUGCCGGCCAGGGAGGAGGGAGGCUCCCACUGUGUUGCUUGGCUGCGUUGCUCACCCAAUAAGGAGUCUAAGAACGACUGGGGGGUGGAGCUUGCAUGCCUUGUGCCGAUCAAAUCGGCUGCGUUGCCUGGGGACUCGCCUUUGCUCAGUGCUUCCCAGCGGAGAGGUGACGGUGGUUUUCCUUGCUGCAUCCCCUUUGCCGGGUUGCUGCGCUGUGGGAACCACCGCUUGAGGCUUCGUUUGGCUGCUGGCUGGGCUUUCUGCCUUUGGCUCGGAGCGGCUCAGAAGUUGAACAUACCUGUGUUCAGAAAAUCCCUUUUGGCUGCUGAUCCCUUAUUUUCGAGGCUGCUGGUUCCUUAUUUUCAAAUCUGUAAGUUGACAGCUAUGACAGGGCUGCUUUCAGAUGUCUUCUAAAGGUUGUAUAUUACUUAUCAGCGUAAGCUAGAGUCCAACAUGGCGGCAAGAGCUUUGGGGCAGCCCACCUAGGACGGUCUCACAACUCACCUGUGUGUCCUGUCCCACUGGUUGAAGACCUAUGCUGCAUUCCAGUCCAUUCCUCCCAAUUUUUCGUGCCCUUCCUGGCAACAAACAACAUUCUGAAGUCUCUGAGCAUGCUCAGUUCCCAUUGGGCUGUUUUUGGGUGCAUGGCAUGGCAUACCCCCUAUAGAUUUUAGCCUAAAUCUUGUUUCCUACUUUACAAAGCUUAGGGUGCCCUUGCCCAUGCUUAUACCUCCUCUUCCUUGUUUCUCUGUAUCCCCAUUUUGGCUUCAUGGCCAUCAUAACUCAUCACUUGAGUUCACUAUUAAUGCAUGAGACAAUCCAUACACAGUCGUACCUUGGAUCCCGAAUGCCUUGCAAGUCGAACGUUUUGACUCCCAAACGCCACAAACCUGGAAGUGAGUGUUCCGGUUUGCGAAUGUUCUUUGGAACCCAAACGCCCGACACAGCUUCCGAUUGGCUGCAGGAAGCUCCUGCAGCCAAUCAGAAGCCGCACCUUGGUUUCCGAAUGUUUUGGAAGUCGAACGGACUUCUGGGAUUGGGAGCUUUGUCCAUUUUAAGUCUUUUAUUACUUAUUGCAUCCCUCCGCCAAAGAGCUCAACAUGUUUCCCCCCUUAUUAUAUUCACAACCUCCGUAAAGUUGGCAAAGCUGAGAGAGUGGGAAUGACUGCCCCAGAGCCACCCUAUACCUGCCGUGAAACAAAGGAUGUAAUAAAUGAGGUGCAUUGUUAUUUAUUUGAUGUGUUAGCAGCCCUAUACCAAAAAAAAAAAAAGAUUCUAGAAAACUUAGAAUAAAAAUCCACUGAAGACCCAAGUGGUCUCUGGUCAGGCAGUGCCCUCCAUUAGCCAGCCUGAAGUGAUAGCUGCCACAUUUCCUGGGGAGAGAUAGCCUGAUCACAGUUCUACAUGCCUUGUCCACAAUUACAUUAGAUCACUGCAAUGCCUUGUCCUUAGGGCUGCCUUUGAAGACUGUUCAGGAACUUGAGUUAGUACAAAACGCAGCUGCUAACUGGAACCGGCUAGGGAUAGGCUUGUGUGACAUCAUCUUUGAUGUCAUUUGGGCGCCACUCAAAGACCUUAUUAAUUGCACAAGGCGCCCCAGCAUUUCAUAUAAGCCGAAGCUGUUCCUGAUUAUGGUUUUAUCUGUUGUGCCAAAUUUCAGGGCUCUGUUUUCAUUUCGGUUUCUGCUAUUUUAUUCUGUAUGGGUUUUAUUUCUUCAAUGGUUUUAUCACUGUACCAUAAGCCACACUUUUUUCUUUUUCUUUAACUGAAGGGUGGCAUAGUUUUCUUCUAAACUUUAAAAAAAAUUAAAAAAAAUAAAGCACUGGGGAAAGUCAACCAGUUUUUACUUCCCGUUUUAGAUUAUUGUUGAUUAUGUCCGAAAUGGGACAAACUGAAACUGCACCAACCAUGACUGUUCCUGGAGAGGGAUAGUUUUGCGACAGCAGUCCAUACACUUGUAAGCUCACAAUUAGACUAGUACAAUGCACUGUAUGUGGGGCUGCUACUUGCACUGGGUUCAAAACGUGCAGGCAGCUAGUGCACAAUGCAGCUGCCUGGGUGGGGGGUGGGGGAACCUCAGCUUUUGCACAUAUCACACCAGUGUUGAGAGAUCUGCACUGGCUGUGCAUUAGCUGCUGAGCCAAGAUUUUGCUGUUGACAUUUAAGGCCUGAAACAACUUGGGACCAGGAUACCUGGCAGACUGUCUCGCCUGAUACAAACCAAGCUGAUCUUUCAGAUCUUCUGAGGAGACCUGGUCUAAUCACAACCAGCAUGGUGACAACAUGGGAGCAGUCCUUCUCGCUGAUAGCACCCACCCUCUGAAAUGCCCUCCCUUGGGUAAUUUGCAAGGCGAAGGCAAAAAUGACCUUUAAAAGCCUUUUAAAAACUUACAUGUUUACGCUGCUUUCCUGGACUCUGACUCUUAAUUUUUAAUUUUGUGGACAGCUAAGAUUUAUUUGUGAUAUACAGUUGCUUUCUGGGUUGUUGGUUUUUUUGGUGAUUUUCCGGAAAUUCUAUUGAAUGCUGUUUUGAUAUUUUCAUGCAAACAUAAAAAAAUAAGUUAUGGUCAGUGCUUUUUUUCUAGAAAAAGAGGUGCCAGAAAUCACCAUGAACCCUUGUUCUCUUAUAAUGACAGUGGUGCCUACCUGAGAGGUGCCAGAACUGAGUUCCGGUGAGUUUUGGCUGAAAAAUAAAGCCUUGGCUAUGGUUACUCUUAACUAUAGUUAAGGAAAAACAUGCCAAUUUUAUUCCUAAACCAUAGGUUUGGACAUAAUAAUAAACUGUGGUUAAUCGAAAAUGGAAGCAGUCAUACCUUGGUUGAAUGUUUUUGUUCCCAAAUGCCGCAAACCCAGAAGUGAGUGUUCCGAUUUGCAAACGUUCUUUGGAAACUGAAUGUCUGGCGCAGCUUCCGCAGCUUCCGAUUGGCUGCAGGAAGCUCCUGCAGCCAAUUGGAAGCCGCACCUUGUAAGUCAAAUGUUUUGGAAGUUGAAAGGACUUCCGGAACGGCUUCCAUUCAGCUUCCAAGGUACGACUGCAUUAGCUUCCAAUCACCUCCCUAUCAGCAUGCCAUAGGACAGAGAAAGGGUGGGAGAAAGCAUACAAGCUUGUGUAAUAUUGCUAAACCAUAGGUUAGCAUUGUGUCUUAAUCUGACUAAUGUAUAAGUUUUGAUACAGUAUACAGGCUUUCUGCCCCACCUACCGUUAUGGCAGGCAUUUUAACAUAACUUUGUGAGGGAAAAAGGGUUGACUGCUGCAAUGUGUUGUUCAUGGGAUUGCCUUUGAAGACUGUUCAGAAACUACAGUGGUACCUCGGGUUACAUACGCUUCAGGUUACAGACUCCGCUAACCCAGAAAUAGUACCUCGGGUUAAGAAUGCUUCAGGAUGAGAACAGAAAUCGCACGGUGGCAGCACAGUGGCAGCGGGAGGCCCCAUUAGCUAAAGUGGUGCUUCAGGUUAAGAACAGUUUCAGGUUAAGAACGGACCUCCGGAACAAACUAAGUACUUAACCCGAGGUACCACUGUACAGCUAAGAAUAUUAACUGGCUGAUUAUUCUGAAGAUAUCACAUGAAUGCUUUACAAACUGUACUGGCUACUACCCCAUUACAAAGCACAAUCAACUUGGGACCCAGAUUCCUGAAUGUACCUGGUGGUGGGUUGAGGUCCUCUUUGGAGACUGUUCUCCAGGUGCCCCACCACCUGAGGUGAUGUAUUACCUCCUGCACCAAAGACAAUAUGCCUCUGAAUGACCAGUUUCAAUGAGCAUCAUGAGUGGGAAGGUACUACUGUGGUGCUUGAGGGCUUCCUGUAGGCAUCUGGGUCGCCACUGAAAAUUUGGAUGCUGUACUGCAUAGACCAUUGAUCUGACCCAGCAAGGCUCUUCUACCGAGGCUGAUGUUGCUGUUAUUAAAUUUAUAACCCACCCUUCCUCGCGAAGGAGCCCAGGGCGGCAAACAGCAAUAAAGCAUCUUAAAAACAAUUCCAAUACAAAUGCAGACUUGGAAAGAUCUCGACUUAAAAGUCCUGUUGAAAGAGGAAGGUCUUCAGUAGGCACUAAAAGACAACAGAGGUGGUAGCUGCCAAAUAAUAUUCAAGAGGAGGAAACUUCAAAGUGUAGGUGCCACACCACCUAGUGAGCCCAGCAACACCAAUGUUCUUAUGACCAGAGAAAGGGCCUUAUCGAUUGUGGUACCCUGUUUAUUGAAUACCCUCUCCACAUAAGCUUGCGCUGUGCAGUAAUUACUAACUUUUAAGUGGCCGCAAAUAUGUUUUUUAAAAACCUAUAGUUAGAUUUUUUAUUUUUAAAAAAACUUGUUUUUUGUAAACUAGAAGCACUGCUGAUGAGUGGUAUAUAAUUUUUAACAAACAGUGGGGUUGAUAUGAUUUAGGCCUCUCCUGCUCAUAGAGAAACCAUCCGUGUGGACAUUAAUAAAACACACCCACUGCCUCUGCUGUCACUCUGGCGUUCCUCACUGCACCUUAUCCAAACCUCCUUGUGGUGAGACCUGUUGUCUCCUCCAGCUUUACAGAGAAAAUACACAUGGUCUUAACUGUGUAGUUCUGCCUCUGGGUGCAGAUUAGUCUGUGGGAAGGAAGUGCCCUGAACUCAAGGGCAGAACUACAUCAUUAAUAUAGAAUUGUUGAGUUGGAAGGGACCCUAAGGGUCAUCUAGUCCAACCCCCUGCAAUGCAGGAAUCUCAGCGAAAGCAUCCAUGACAGAUGGACAUCCAAUCUCUGCUUAAAAUCCUCCAAGGGAGAAGAGUCCACAACCUCCUGUGUAGCAUGGUCCUUAGGUUCAGGAAUACACCAAGAUGAUCCACUGCAGUAGUACCUUGGAAGUUGAAUGGAAUCCGUUCCGGAAGUCCGUUCGACUUCCAAAACAUUCAAAAACCAAAGUGUGGCUUCUGAUUGGCUGCAGGAAGCCCCGCCGGAUGUUCGGCUUCCAAAAAUAGUUCACAAACUGGAAAAGUCACUUCUGGGUUUGCAGCGUUCGGGAGGCAAAACGUUCAGGAACUAAGCUGUUCGAAAACCAAGGUACAACUGCACAGUGUUGUGUAACUUAAGGACCACCUUCUUCCAUGAGAACAGUGGUUCCAUCAUGGCAAAACUUGGGGGGCAGAAAUCCAGGCCCCCACUCAGUUGAAAAUGUAAAGGGCCACCAAACACAGCAGAGCUAACUUACCACACUUAAAAGUAAGUCAUUAAGUCCAAUGUUCAAAAUAUAAAAUUACCUAACUAAACCACUGUGUAAGAUCGAACCAAAACUCUUCCCCGUGUCUUGGAAGCUCUGCUUGAAAUUUCUCUGCCAUCCGCACUUCCACAUCAGUUUGUGAUUUAUUUAUUUUUAUAAAAGUCCUCAAGAAAAUACAUCAACAUUUCAGUGCAGACUUCUCCUAAUAUAUGUAUUACUGUGCCAUUUUGCCUAACAUACACAUUUUUGCAAAACAAUCUACUCUCUAUUAUAACACAUUGUUAAUUUUGCUAACGUGGAUUUUCAUGCACAUUUUCUUCUAGCAUGUGCACUUUUGUACACAUUACUUGGCUAUAGUACUGCAUUGCAAAAUUCAGAGACGUAUGGAUUUCAAAAGUUGCCUGUGUUUCGGUAAGUAUGAAUUUGGUAGUUUUAUCUUUAAUGUGAACUGAAUCAAAUUUCUUCCCUAUCCAUAUCCGGGACAGAGUGAAACAUCUGGGGAAGAUUCUUUCUGCCCUCUUUCUCCUGGUUUUUAGAAACUGGGGUCAGUUUCUGUUUAUUGAGUCUUCAUCCUAUUCAGGAGAUUAGAGGACAUAGCAUCCAACAAACACUACCCCACACUGUCCAGUGCAUUUCCCCCUAACUUUCCGUAUCACAAAAUCCCCAUUUGGGGGUGGGCAGGUUUGUCGUGCAAAAUCUUCAAAUCAUGCACUGCAAAACCAAGAGUUUACCAGUGCGUGACUGAAUCACACCCAAAAAUAGUGGCAGUCUGGAAGUAUCCUGGAUUAAAGGGUUGUUUUUAUUAGACACCUUCUAGGCUCUCCAGUUAUCUAUAAGCUUUCUUGUUUGCUCUUAUUAGUUUUUGUUCGUUGGUUUCCGGUUUGUUUUUCGUUCAUCUCAUUUGUUGUAUAUUUUUCUGAUUAUUUUAUUUGUGCUGCUUUGCUUGCUAUGUGUGACACGUUUUCCAAAUUUAAAAUGAUUUUGUAAGCCCGUCGGGCCAAAAGGAGAGAUAAAAAUACAGUAUGUAUCUGACAUUUUUGAAAGGGGGACUUUCUUGAGCCUCUUGAGGUUUCGUCGCUUCAUUCAUAAUUCCCUGCUACUUUAAGAUUUUGGGAGCCUUACCCUUUGAUUAGGAGUGACUUGCAUGGGGCAGGAAUACCGUUUCCUUGAAGGAAAUGCCAGCUAAGCUGUAGUAGCCACACUGGUAAGUCCACUUUCUAGUUUAAAUUUUGGGCAAUAUUUCCCAGAAUUUGCCAAUUCAGAGGCCCAGAUCAGAAUUGGUUUGCUUGUUCAGUGGCAGCAAUAAGAUUAAGGAAACAAGCACUGGAGACUUCCUUUGAACCUUUUCCAGGGUCUAGCUAGGAGAUGGGGAAGCCUUGCUCAUUUGAUGGGGAAAGGAGGGUCUCUUCCUUCCAGGUUGUUCAAGAGAAACCUAGAGAGCUUAGGGAAUCAAAGAUGGGCCCAAGCUCCAGACCAGGCCCUCCUAUGUGCUUAGAGUGAGUUCAGAGGAUGGAAAUCCAUCAAAGGACUGCUUGCCCGAUCUAUACCGAGCAGGAUCCUUCCCCUUACGCGCUGGCAAUGCUAGAGGACUGGGACCUUUCUUUGGAAUGCCAGUUUCCCCCUUAGCUAAGCAGGAAAGGAGAGCAGACUCAUCCUGCCACCGUUUGGUGCCCUACCUAGAGUUUUUAUGGCUACUGUGCAUCUUGUUAGUCCCUGAUUGGCACCUAACGGCACGCCUCCAUGGGCGAGGGAAGCACACUCCACACAUGCCCAGGGGCAAUUACCAGGAGGGAUCCAACCCUGGCACUGCAAAGAACCUAGCGCCUGCUGGGCCCUCUCUCCGUUUAUAAUCUCUUCCCUUGCUUAUCACUUGACCCAAGUCAGCUGGCUGCGGCCGGGUGGGGAGAGGGAGAGAGAGAGAGAGAGAUCAGGGACCCAGGAGUCCUGCUUCCUCCUCCUCCUCCACCACCACCCAAACUCAGCCUUCCUCCUCCUCCCCAUCUAGCUGUGUUGGGGCACCAGACCAGACCUCGUGCAGCCUCCCCCCCGCCCCGCCAAUGAAGUGGGCGACGGGCGAGCGCGCCUGCUGCAGUCCGGAGCUUUGCUGCUUAGCGCAGUCCAGCGGCUCAGGCUCAAACCAGCCACUCCAGGGCGAGCGAGGGAGGGAGUCGGCUGCUCCGCUUUGCUUUGCUUUCUUUUCUCUUCCCUCCGUCUCUCUCUCUCUCCCUCGCUCUCCCACCUCUUUCUUUUCCGGGAGGGGAUCCAAUAUCCCGCCCCCCCUUCUCCAACCAAUGACAUCACCAGCACCCCCAAAGAGCCUCUCCCAGCAUGCAGCGCUGGCGGGCCCCGGAGACUUGGUCUUCGUUGCCGGUGGAGACGCAGAGGAGGAGGAGGCGGAGGAGGAGGAGGAGGAGGAGGAGGCUGGUGGCGGCGGCGGCAGCAGCAGCAGCAGCGCUUCGGGUCCUGGCAGGUGAGUGCACGGCGAGGCUUGAAAUUAAAGAUCGGUGGCGGCAGAGAGCGGUGGAGGGGGGGGCGUCCUCCCCUUCCCGAGCCAUCCCCGCCUGCACUGAACCGGGGCAGGGGGCAUGCCCUUUUUGCACUCCUCUAUCCCUCCCUCUUUCCUCUCCUCUCUGCAUCCGCAGCAGCCCCUUUGCCUUGCCUUCCCCGCUAAUCUCUUUCUCCUUCUGCCGAUCUCCCUCCCUCGCCAGCUUUCCCUUCUGACUUUCUCCUGUCAACCUUAUCUGAGGCUCCUUCCUUCCUUCCCUCCCGCUGGAAGUUUAGUGGCUUUACUCCCCGGUAAGUGGCCUAUGGCAGCCUCCCAGCCCCCUUGUUCCUCCUUCCCUCCCCGUCUCUGCUGUCAUUCUCCUGCUCUCCGAGCCCGCUUCCCAAAUCUCCUUUCCUCUUAUCUUG